GCACAUACUAGCGUCUGACUCUCACUCUUCCUUUAGCUCAGCCUUUGGCCCCCAUACAUCAUGUCUGCCUUGUCUUCUUCCCUUCCUCUCUUCGUUCCUCUCUCCCAUGCCGUCGCACCUCCGCUCGCCAACUCCCAGAUUACCUAUCUAUGGAAGGCGAAACGCAAGAUUCGGAAGCCACGCCGCGUCUCCCACGUCAGUAUCAAGCUGAGGUGCGGGAAGCUUCCGCUGAUGAGGUUCCGCAUGAUGAUCUGCAUCGGGGCGGAAAUCAGCCCCGACACGUAUCGUUGAGGCCUGAAGAUGAGGAGGCCUAGGACGCAGCAAGCUCGCAAUGGAUAGCCGACCACAUCACCGAGGAGCCUAUCGAUUAUGCUCAAGAGCUUCAAUCAACCCGCUCGGGACAUCAGCAACCCACCAC